AUGUGCCAAGUGUACUCCCGAAAUAGCGACGGUAACCCCGCUCGACUUCAGGCCUUCAUUCAUUUCGACUGCCAGGGAGUGGGUGACCGACCCCAGGGCCCAAAGACCCAAGAUUCCAAGAAAAUAAAAACUCACGCAAAAAAUAUGAAGAACAAAAAACGAUUUCGACACCGGCAGGAUUCGAACCUGCGCCUCCGAAGAGAUUGGAUCUCGUAG